ACACGCAGCCGAGAGCUGGUAGUCUGGCAGUCUGGCUCCUCUUUCCCCUGCAUCUGCCCUCUUAGCAUCCCCUCCCGCCCUCCGGGGCAGUUGUCACUCCCUCAACCCCACUCUCCGCUCCCCUCCGCGUGUCAGGCCCGAAGCCAAAAACUAAGGCCUACGUGGGACGGGCACGACCGGUGGUGAACCCGAGUUACGGCCCAAGAUUGUCACCUGAACAUUGUGAUAAUGUGACGAUUAGGAUGCAGUCAUGUCUACUCUCUGUCCACCACCAUCUCCAGCCGUUGCCAAAACUGAGAUUGCUUUAAGUGGUGAUUCACCCUUACUAGCAGCUACUUUUGCAUACUGGGACAACAUACUUGGCCCUAGAGUAAGGCACAUUUGGGCUCCUAAGACACAGCAACUGCUUCUCAGUGAUGGAGAAAUAACUUUUCUUGCUAACCAUACUCUAAAUGGAGAAAUCCUUCGGAAUGCAGAGAGUGGAGCCAUAGAUGUGAAGUUUUUUGUGUUGUCUGAAAAAGGAGUAAUUAUUGUUUCGUUAAUCUUUGAUGGAAACUGGAAUGGGGAUAGGAGUACAUAUGGACUGUCAAUAAUACUUCCACAAACUGAACUCAGUUUCUACCUUCCCCUUCACAGAGUGUGUGUUGAUAGGUUAACACACAUCAUCCGGAAAGGAAGGAUAUGGAUGCAUAAGGAGAGGCAGGAGAAUGUCCAGAAGAUUGUAUUAGAAGGAACAGAAAGAAUGGAAGAUCAGGGUCAGAGCAUUAUUCCAAUGCUCACUGGAGAGGUUAUUCUUGUAAUGGAACUCCUUUCAUCUAUGAAAUCACACAGUGUUCCUGAGGAAAUAGAUAUAAGUGAUACAGUACUAAAUGAUGAUGACAUUGGGGAUAGUUGCCAUGAAGGUUUCCUUCUCAAUGCCAUCAGUUCCCACCUGCAGACCUGCGGCUGUUCUAUAGUAGUAGGUAGCAGUGCAGAUAAAGUGAAUAAGAUAGUGAGGACAUUGUGCCUUUUUCUGACUCCUUCAGAACGAAAGUGCUCCAGACUUUGUAGGAAUGAGUCUUCAUUCAAGUAUGAAUCCGGGUUAUUUGUACAAGGUCUUCUCAAGGAUUCCACAGGAAGUUUUGUGCUUCCCUUCCGACAAGUCAUGUAUGCCCCAUAUCCCACUACACACAUAGAUGUGGAUGUUAAUACAGUGAAACAGAUGCCACCCUGUCAUGAACAUAUUUAUAACCAGCGUCGUUACAUGAGAUCCGAGCUGACUGCAUUUUGGAGAGCCACUUCAGAAGAAGACGUGGCUCAGGAUACGAUUAUCUAUACAGAUGAAAGCUUCACUCCUGAUUUGAAUGUUUUUCAAGAUGUCCUACACAGAGACACACUAGUAAAAGCCUUCCUGGAUCAGGUCUUUCAUUUGAAACCUGGUUUGUCUCUGAGAAGUACUUUUCUUGCACAGUUUCUACUUGUCCUUCAUAGAAAAGCCUUAACGCUAAUAAAAUACAUAGAGGAUGAUACGCAGAAGGGAAAAAAGCCAUUUAAAUCUCUCCGAAACUUGAAGACAGAUCUCGAUUUAACAGCAGAGGGCGAUCUUAACAUAAUAAUGGCUUUAGCUGAGAAAAUCAAACCAGGCCUACACUCGUUUAUCUUUGGAAGACCUUUCUACACUAGUGUGCAAGAACGGGAUGUGCUAAUGACAUUUUAAAAGUGUAACCUUUUAAGUAUAUUUCAUCAUACUAGUGAGUGCUGCUCAGAGAAAAUUAGUGUUAUGAAAAACAUCAUUGUUUUGGUCAUGCUUCCAAAGCUCUACUCUGCUUUGAGCUGAAAAUUAUGAUACUACAGUCUUUAUGAGAUAAAGUAUUUUAUAAUUACUUUAUCAGGUAUAUCAUUACAAAUGGGUACCUUUUUGACGUGCACUUUUUUUUGGAAUAGCCUUUUGUUUACAAUUACAGUAAAUAUUCUUUAAUGUUAGGGUGAUACAUAAAUUUGACCAUAGCUGCUAUCUUCAGAACCUUACAAAUAUUUGAUUUAAAUUCAUCUCAGAAGGUUUUGUGUUAACUUUUGAGAAGUUCUUUAAUUGUUUUCCAAAUUAUUUUUCGGGGGGAUAGGGGUGUUAGGUUGCUAUAAUACUUUGUAUUCUGUAGAUCAACUAUUUGAAAAUCCAAGCAGUUUACCAGAAUCAUUUAUAGAACAAAAGGGAAAGGUGAACAUAAUUUAAACUUUAGAAAUAAAAAUACUGAUCAAGCAAUUAUUAAAACUAUAUGAUGGUUAGAUGCUACUUUAAAACUUAGUCCUUAAACUUUAUUGAAACACCAAAUAACAUUCAGACUCCCUGAUUGUAGUGGACUACCCUAUAUUUCUCAUUCUGUUGUCCAGGCUAAUUGAACUAUGAACAAAAUAUGGGUAUUUGAAAUUUACAUUUAAAUUGCUCUUAUGAACUUUUUCAAUAAAGCAUUUUUCUUUGUUAAGAGCCAGACUAAAAACAUUUAUGUCUUUUCCUCCUUGAAAGUUUGAGGGAGAAUAUAAAAUGUUCAAAAAAUAAUUUAAUUUUCCCUUUGUAUAUGCUUAUAUUGAUCUGAUUUUGCAAUCACUGUAGCUCUGAAAUUGUAAAAAGUUGUGUCAAAAUGCAUUAGUAGAAACCUUUUUGAUCACUAAGAGCUGUUUCUUUCUACCUGCUUAUACUUUUGAAGCCAAAUUCAUAAGAGUUUUGUAUUUUUUCUGGAUCAAAUGGGGAAAAGCAAGAAGUAUUUUUUGCUGUUCCAUUUUUUUUUUAGAGUGGUUGAGUUUUCUUUUUUUGUAAGAAGCAUUCUGACUAACAACUUUAAAUGGAUGAUAGAAUUGCUUUAGAGGACUUGGGAUUUUGCCAGUUUAUGAUUUAUAUUAGAGUCAUUGAAAUAUUAGCUUUGUGGUGCUACCAUUUUCUUUGCCUUUAUUGUUAUCCCAGAGCCCAAAGGUGUCAUCAUGCACAAUUGUAUUGCUGUUUGGAUCUCCAAUAAUACUUUAAUUAUUAUUCUUAGAAAGCCCUUUAUUGUAAUUUUUCUUAAAGGGCAUUGUGGGAGAUUCCCUUGCCUCAUAAAGUAAUUGUUUUUCCUUUUGAGACCAUUUUUCCAGUUUAAAAAGUGGAAAAAUUUAAUUGAAAAGGAGAUAAAGUAUACAUUUUUAAAUUGCAUAUACUGGAAAGGAUAAUCUUAUGCCACAUUUAAGUUCAUCAUACCUAAUUGGGAAUGCUUUCCACAUUCUACAUAUUCAGGAUAUCUUCAUCCUAAAGAAUAGGUACUACUUUGACAGAAUUUGGAUAUUGUUUGAUUCCCUUCAUAUUUUGGACCCUACUGUUAGAUAUACAAUUAACAUGUUUUUAUAUUCAGAAGAAUAUUGUUGGCAUGAACACUGUGCCAGUGCCCAAGAAAAUCUUUCCAUUUUAAAUUGUACUAGAAAUAGUGAAAAGAAUUAAUAUUUAGAAAAGAAAUAAAAGGAUAAUGUUUAUGUAGACUUUCCUUUCCAAGAACAUUAUACCCAAAAAGAUUCAUCUUGUUUUAAGGUUAGCAGCUUUUUCUCACCACAAAUAACAGCUAUGAGAAUCUUGAUUUUCAGGCAGAACAUUGAUUUAAAUACAUAAUGCACUAUAGCUCAGAGCUUUGAAUAAUCAAUAGACACUACAAACUACAGUGUCCCAUAGCUCACUCAAAGCCUUGAUUCUUAAUUUAAAUGCUGGAUUGUUGUUCAAAUGCUGGGUUGUCUGUAUAGAAUAUAUAAUGUACAGUGAAAUAAGUUAUUAGAGCAUGUGCAGAUUCUAUGUCGUAUAUCUUGUUUUUCCAGGCAGGAGAAUUUUGAAUAAAAUGUCUUUGAAAUUA